AAGAUUCUCCUAAGUGCCUGUUGCUGCUUCUUUAUGAGCUUGUUAAAAUAACACUCCUGCUCCUUUUCUGGGCUCCUGCUUGCAGUGACUGCAACCACAGGUAAUGCCAUGGAAGUCUCCUCCCCACCCCAACUUCCUGACACCUUUCCUAGCAACUGACCUGUUACUGCAUUGCUAAGAAGAGGGAAGGUUUUACCACCAAGGAUCAGAAGUGCAGAGUCUCUGACCCUGCCUUGCUGUCUCCUCAGUGUCUACAUUCAAGAGCACUCUCUCAUUAGAUGGCUCUCAGGGAAGAAUUCCAGCUAUAGACAGAACAGCUGCUUCUAAUGUUUUCCGAGAAGUUAUUUCAGAAGCCCAGAAGAUGGUGGAUUCUUCAGCAGACACACAAAUGGACAACGAAUCAGAGUCGCUCAUUAUAUCCUUAUUCUCCUGGCCCCUAUCAGCUUUCAUCAUUCUGGCCAACAUUUUCAUUAUAAUUGGGAUCCUCUUCAACCGCAAGCUCCGUGGUACCAUCAACUGGUUCUUCCUGAGCCUGCUCAUUGCUGACCUCUUGGCUGGGGGAGCCCUUCCCUAUAUUCCCAAGAUGGCAUUUCAGAAGAAUCUGGACUACUGUUGCUUCUUCCGUUAUGUGACGACCAAUUUCCUUUUCCUCUCUUUUUUAGCCAAUCUCCUGGUAGUGCACUAUGCCAAAUAUACAUACAUCAUCCAACCACUGCACUACCCCCAGUCCUGGGUUCAUCGCUGGGCUGGUCUUUACAUAUGCCUAGCAUGGGUGGCUCCCUUGACUUUUGCCUCCCUGCCAUUGGCUUGGUACCAACGGAAUCCCAGUGUGAACUGCUCGGCUAAACUUGUCUUCUCCCAGCCUUACCUCUAUGUAGAAAUCUAUGCGAUCAUCAUCCCAAUCAUCUUUGCAAUAGCUGUAAUGGGUAUCCGAAUGCUCUGCAUAGCCCGAAAGCAGCUUAAAAGCAUUAAAAAACUGCUUAAUUCAGUAAAUCAAAGCCAGACUCCAUCGGAAUUGGAGCAACAACUGGAACUGAGGCAUGCAAAGAGUAUUGCCAGCAUAUCUCUCAUCUUCCUGGUUUGCUGGGUACCAUAUAUUGUUUGCUUGAAUAUCUCACUGUUUUUACAAAUAAAGGGUAAUAUCACCCUUGCUAUUGUCAACUGCAUAGGCACUGCCAGUGCUGCUGUAAUACCCAUCAUCCUCAGCCUUGGCAACCGUCAAUACACCCAAUUUUGGAGUGACAUAACCACGAAAGCCUGUCAGGCCUGCUGCCGAAGACAGGGGUGCAAACAAAAGCAAGCCAACCAGCUGCACGGCAUUCCUCGUAGCACAGCGGAGCAUACAAAUCCAAACUGAUACUUUCCGGUGGGGAGUCAUCAAAUCCUCACCCACCCAUUCAGCAGCACCAAUGCUUCAAUCUUCUCCCUUCAGCUUGGAAUGAAAUUGGAAUGUUUGCUUCCAGUCAUGGUUCCCCACACCCCAGCUCAGAAUUCUGCUGUUUGUUGGGGAUCUAAUAUGCCAAGCCAUUCAAAAGUUCUGCUAAAUCUAAACUGGGUGAAGAAAGAAAAAGGAUGUUCCCUUUUCUCUUCCCUGGCAGUGCUGGAACUGAGAACACAAAGAAGGCUGGAACGCCUUGAAAACACAUGUUUACUCUGAUUUGCAGAGAGCCAGUUUGGCCUAGUGGUUAAGGUGCUGGGCUAGGAACCAGGAGUCUGUGAGUUCUAGUCCUGCCUUAGGCACAAAAACCGGCUGGGUGACCUUGGGCCAGUCCCUCUCUCUCAGCCCCGCUCGGUGCAAUGUAGACUAGCCUCCUUGUGGUGCACCCCGGGCAACAUGACUUGUCACGGCUAAAUAGUCUAUACAUCUGGCUGCUGGACCUCAUAAGGAUUUCCCAGCAAGAAUAGCAGCAUGAACACCGAACCGCUAUGCCAUACGAUAAAAAAAAUAUUUUUUAUUUGCUACCACUUAAUGGAGUUGAAAAAGAACGAACACUGUUCUGAAUAGAUCCUCCCACACAGCUCUACUUCUGUUUCACCCC